CCGCAGCUCACAGUUCUAGGCGUCGGCGGCGGCGGAGGCGCUUCAUUCAAAAGCCACAAUCACAGCUCACAGUUAUGUGACAGUACUUUGGCAUUAAUGUCUGAUUUGUCCCUCUUAAUUUUUAUUUUUAGACCAUAAUACCCUCAUUUGAUACAAAAAUUACAUGUCAUCCCUUACCUGGCUGCCUAACACCAUUUUACAUGUCAUUCGCCGCUCGACUUCCGCUCUCUGCCGUCGACCUCCACUCUCGUCCCUCAUCGAGAAAACCCCAAAGUUCGAGAGCUUAGGAAAUCAACCAAGGGUUUGCGAUUGUCCUGCACUCUAGGUUGACCUGAUAUUGGUAAAGCGAAGUUUAUGUGGCAUCUGCUUGAAACCUUGCUAGCAGAAUUUGAAUUCUUUCGUCGGUUGAAUAUGAUGUUACUUUGUGCGAGCCUCUAGCUCCAUUUUCUACUCAGUUUCCCAGUUGUGCCAAUAUUGCCAAUAUGAUGUUACUUUGUGCGAGCCUCUAACUCCAAAAGUGUGGUCUUUGUGUGGUGAUUUUUGAAUUCGGAACUUAAUGUUGUUUUUAUUGCAUGCUGUCGGUACUUUUUUGGUGUUGAGGCAAACUGACGACAAACUUGGUGUAAUUGUUGAAGAUCCAAAGAAUUAAAAUCCUAGUCCUGAUUGUCUUUAGCUGCCCAGUUGGCAAAAUCUGAAAUUGCUUGUGAAAUAUGAAUUUUGUUAUGACGGUAUUGACAUGUAGAAGGAGAGGGUUUUUAAUUGUUUUUGAGCAAAAAGUUUGAUGUCAACGAGCUGAGGACUGAUUUUGAUUUUUUUUUUUUAUUGGUUCUUAAAUAUCUUGAAUGGUUAAUGGUUAAUUGCUUUGCUGAUGUUGUGAUAUGUGAUAGAAUUCUUUUAGCUUUGUGUAAUUAGUAUAAAUUGCGAGGUUUUGGAUUGAAUACUUCUUUUUACGUUUGCAGGAUAGUUCAAUUUGAUCUUAUUUGUCAUACCUCCAAGAGUUUUAUGAUAGUUAAACAAAAAAAAAAAUUCUGAUUAAACUUUCUUGUGAUAUCUGUCUUAUUUUACCCAACCCAAGUUUGGGGGAAAAUUUCCCGAAUGUCUCCUUGUGCCUAAUAACCUACAUGGCCGUCCAGUCAAUGAAAACAUGUGGAGCUUUGGGAAAUUAAGGUUGAUUUCUAAGAGAUUUAGCACCCUCUCCUCUAGUCCUUUACGCAUUUGUGUUGUUGGUAGUGGGCCAGCAGGAUUUUAUACUGCCGAGAAGCUUUUGAAGACACAUGAAACGGCAGAAGUUGAUAUAAUUGAUCGACUGCCCACGCCAUUUGGACUAGUCCGGUCUGGCGUCGCUCCUGACCAUCCUGAAACCAAGAAACUUUGCCACAGAUAGUCACAAAUCAGUUUACUCGGGUUGCACGUAAUGAACGUUGUUCAUUCUUUGGAAAUGUGUCUCUUGGAUCCUCCAUAACUUUGGCUGAGCUACGUGAGAUGUAUAAUGCAGUGGUGCUCGCAUAUGGCGCUGAAAGUGAUAGAUCUCUUGGCAUUCCUGGGGAGGGUUUGGCUGGUGUAUAUGCUGCCAGAGAGUUUGUUUGGUGGUACAAUGGGCACCCAGACUAUAAAAAUCUUGCCCCAGAUCUGAAAAGCUCAGAUACUGCUGUUAUUCUCGGUCAGGUAUAUUUGAUUCAUGUGUUGUUUGUCAUGCAUGAUGGUUAAAUUGAACCAAGUGGCAUGAUUUGGGGGUAAAAAAGCAGAUAUUUUCAUGAAGUGGUGUUUUAUUGGAAUGUCGAGGAAAAAAAUUGGGAAUUGUAGAUAUUGGACAAAAGGAUGUUUAUUUUACCACAUGAGCAUUACAUAUUUCAAGAACCAUAAGAAGAAAGUGGAAGAUAUUUUGCGAGGAAAGUGAGUUAUAUCAUGAGAAGUAUACUAGAUAUCAUCUUUUUCUAGGAUUGUCGAAAAAAUGUUGUAUAUCACUGUAUCUAAUGUUGUAAUUGUAAGUGAUAUGGGUUGUAACUUGUAUCUAUUUCAAAUGUUGUUUGGGAAAGCAUACAUCUAUAAGAUGGUCAUUUUACCCAGCGCACGUUCACUAAGAUUGUUUCUAGUGGGAAUAGAAGCUGAGGCAUGCCAAUGGUUCAACAGAAAGAAGUCCAAAAUGAGAGAACUUCUCAAAUGUGUUGACAUUGUACUUGCUUUUAGGGUAAUGUGGCUCUUGAUGUAGCUCGAAUUCUCUUGCGGCCAACAGCAGAAUUAGCAGAAACAGAUAUAGCAUCUCAUGCAUUGGAUGCUUUAGAAGAGAGCUGUAUAAGGAAAGUUUAUUUGGUUGGAAGACGCGGACCAGUACAAGCAGCCUGUACUGCUAAAGAAUUACGAGAAAUAUUGGGAAUCAAGGAUCUGAGUGUUCACAUCCAACAAGAUGAUUUAGUUACAACACCUGCUGAUGAGAUAGAAAUGAAGAAUAACAGGAUCAGGAGGCGGGUUUACGAAUUGCUCUCGAAGGCAGCAAGCUUGGGGCAUGCACCUGUUCCUUGUCAACACGAACUCCACUUUGUAUUUUUCCGCAAGCCAGAGAGAUUUCUUGAAUCUGAUGAUAAGAAUGGUCAUCAUGGUAGUGUUCGGCUUGAGAAGACUGUUCUAAAAGGAGAUGAUGAAUUGAAGCAAGUUGCAGUUGGUACAGGGGUUAGCGCUGAAGAGUAUAGGUUACAAGAAUUGUUUCAAAUCAUGGAGGCCGUGUGUUGGUUGAUGCUUCACAAGAUCACAUGCAAUACGAAACUGGCUUAUAUGUGUGUGGAUGGUUAAAGAGAGGGCCAACAGGAAUUAUUGCUACAAACCUUUAUUGUGCCGAGGAAACACUUGCAUGCAUCUCAGCCGAUAUUGAGAAAGGAUUGUUAAACUCACCAAAGCCCGGGAAAGAAGGACUUAUGCACUUACUAGACUGUAGGAAUACCAAAGUCGUAACAUUUGAUGGCUGGGAAAAAAUCAAUCUUGAAGAGAAAAGGCGCGGGAGUUUGAAAAAUAAACCUCGAGAAAAGCUUACUACAUGGGAUGAGCUACUCAAAGUGGCCUGUGAAUGAAGGCUGAUUUAUUUUUCUGAAGAAAACAUUUCAAUCCACACGGGUUACGUUAACUUCCAAUCAACAGGUCAGAGACAUUUUUUUUUGUCCACAUGGGCGAACUCGGAAUUAUGUUCUUCCUUUUGUUCUUUCGAGUGGAUAUUUGGAAAAUCGAGCAAUGGCAUAUGAAGCUAUGAACAAUGAUUCUUACUAGUUCUUGCAUGGAUCUCAUAGCUCUUCAAGGUAGUCUUAUAAGUUAUAAAGAACUGAACUUAUUAUUAAUAUAUAUUGAUGGACAAACCCAGGAGUGCUCUGUUUUUGUUCAAAUUCAUCAUAUUUUAUAUUUUUAAUUUAUUAUUUAAUUUGUCAAGGUUUGCUGCCUUUUGUAAUUAAUAUUUAAUAACCCAUAAAAUCACAUCCUUUACUUUCAC